AUGGCUGCCCCACCGGCUUCCUUCACGAUCUGUCCCUUUUCGGCCCGCCCGUUCACCCCCCUGUCGCAAAUGACCAUUUUGCCCUCCACCUUCGACUUGGGUAGAGAACCCCGUAAGCAAAACUCGCUCCCUUUGUCUCCUCCCGUCAGCCAGCUCGAGCUCCUUCCGGUUGGGCCCGAGUAUUUUCCCAGGGUACAUGGACUCUCCGUACAAAUACUCCCCGUUGCCGAGCCGAACAACGGCCGGGAAUUUGCGAUCGAGCGUGCUCGCCCCUAUAGUCGCUAUCCACGGAGCCUCGUUCGCCACCGAGUUCUGAACCGGCCCACGGCUAAAUGGGCCCCCGGCGCCAUCCCUUGGGCCACUCCAGGCCCAAACCCGAGAACCCCUGCUGACUGGACAGGGGAGCCCGCUGCAGUGGAGGCCGUGUGGGUCCCGUGGCCGUGCGAGUCUCGAGGCGAAUUGUACUCAGCCACGGCCUCGGGCGAUGGCGCUGACGAGGCCACGCGGUGGCCCCGGCUGAAAAAACGGGCCCCGACGAGCUUCCGGUUGCAGCUUGAUUUUUCGAAGCCCUGUCCAGCCUGGCAUACGCCUCGCCACUUCUUGGGGACAGGUGGCAUUCCGCGGUCGUCGAAGCUCGGGCUCUCGGGCCAGAUGCCGGUGUCGAGGACGCCGAUUAUGGAGCCCCGGCCGAAGCCGGAUUUGACCCAGGCCCCGUUUUGUUCAGUUGGGCUCAGGCCCAAGAACUUGUAG